GUUAAAAUAACGUAAACAAACGAGUCUGAGGAAGAAAGCGUACACUUAUAUGAGCAGAUGUAGCUGAUGGAGCAGAUGGAGGCAGAGGUGGUGGAGUUUGUGGUUCCAGUGGAGAACAGUAAAACUCUGUUUGUUUGGAACCUGGAGGCCUCUCAACCUGAACAUGUCCUGCUGGCCUCCCUCUCCUCCCUCUUCUCCUCCUUGGGCCUCUGUACCUCCUCAAACCUCUCUCCUACGUCUCCUGGGUUCUUGUCGGCUCUGGUCAAGUUUUUUCAUCUGGUCACGCGGCCCGAGCUCAGAGAGAGACCGACCGGAAAGGCCCUGCUCCAGAUGCCCUCCCACAGCCUGCUCCAGGACCGGCCGCUCAAGGUUCGCCUGAGCUCGAAGAAGAUGCCUCACUUCCUGUCUCAUAGCACGCCUCUAAGCCACGCCCACUGUCUGAAUCUGGCCAAUCACCUCCUAGGAUUCAACGGCUGGACCUCUCACAUCAUCACUCUGAAGGAGCUGGACCCGGACUUGGACCCGGACCAGAGCCAGGACUCUGGGGUAGUAACUCUGAGGCUGGGCUGUUUACUGCAACUCCACUUCCCCUUCCACCAGAUCACCACCAGGGGUGCCACUGUGCUGCAAGACACUUUUACCUGUUCAGAUCCAGUGGAGAUGUUACGUUGCCGUGGUCGUCUGCAGAGAGCUGUGAGAGAGAAGGCUCUGGUCCAGGCGUUCUCCAACGUUCUGCUUGUUCUUAUUGGAAAUGGUAAAGUUGUGGUUGAUCUGAAGGGAGCUUCAUCAGUUUGACCCUGAGGAGCAGGAGGCAGCUUCUACAGGUGACGGAGGUGAAUCUUCCUCCAGAUGAAGACGAGGAGUUGGAGCUCACGGUGUCCUGAGCCUCCACAUGGGGACGCUGUUCUUUCUGUACAGACUGCACCCUCUCACUUGAAGCUCCCCAGUUCAG